AUGCCCUGGACAGUCCUUAACUGUGACCACAUCGACUUCAACUCGGCGGGGGACGACAACUUGAGAGUCUCUCCCAACGACACAUGGGAGUCUGCCAGUGUUUCCGUGAUCGUAAUGUCGGAGCACGACCAUUGGUUGAUGGUUAGGACGGAGCGCAACCCUAGACCUGCAGUCUGGCGUGCUAUCAAGGAAAGCUGGAUAGUAGCGUGCGACGAGCAAUCCAUGACCAUGCUGCUGCAGUAUACGAGCAGCGACGAGACGACGAAGACCAUCUUGAAGCUACGUUUCGGCUCCCUGCGGGAAUUUUGGACCUUCGCCGCGCACUCAACCUUUGCGCGCGUGCACGCCCAAUCGAUGGGCUGGGCCGGCGCAGGGUACACGAGCUCCGAACAGGGCGCGCUCGGAGAUCAUAUAGCCGCCUCCGGGAUGUGA